UCAAGCGUAUGUUACCGGAAGACAGCUGUACAUGCGACACAGAUUGAGAAAUUUUCGGAAAUAUUUGACACAUGUUCGAGUCUGAAGCCUGUUUAAAGCAUUUCUUUGUCAAACAAAAAAAUACGAAAUGGGCAAACCAAGAAAUAAAAACCGAAAAGGUCAAAAUGACGACUUUGACGACGACGAAGUUGAUUUAGAUCCUUUAGCUAACCAGGAAUUAGAUGAGCCAGCCACAUCACAGAAACCUACUGGAAAACAUAAGAAAAAGAAAAAGAAAGACGAUUGGGAAGACGAUGUUGCAGCAGAAAUUGAGACAUUAUCGAUUGAAUCAAAGAAGGGAGUUAACUCUGAUACAGUUAAUGAGGACGAUCCACCUCCACAAAAGAUAAAAUCAAAAAAGAAGAAAAAUAAACACAAGAGUGACUCUGAAGACGACGGAGAAGAACCAGAAGAAGAAAUGGUACAAGAGACGAAAGGAAAAAAGAAAACAAAACCAAUGGCAACAUUUGAUAUGUUGAUGAUGGAUGAUGAAAGUGGUGAUGAGUUACCUUCAGAUAAUGAAGAAGAGGAAACUCCUGUGAUAGAAACAAAAAAAGAGGAAGUUGUUGUAAAAGAAAAAGACAAAAAGAAAAAAGAUAAAAAGAAGAAGAAAGACCAGGCUGAGGAAGAUAUUGAUGCACUUUUAGCAGACAUUGACAAACCUAAAGAGUCGAAAAAGAAAAAAAAGAAAAAUAAGGAUUUAACAGGUGAAGAAAAUGAAGAAGGCAAUGAAGUAAACGAAGAAGAGCAGUUAGCGGCUGAAAUUGAAUCAAAGAUGGCUGCUGUCAAAGUGGUCACAAUAGAUGACUUAUAUGACGAUGAUGAAGACGAUAAAAAGAAAAAGAGAAAAAAGAAGAAAGGAAAAACUGAAGAAAAAGAUGGAGAGAAGAAUGAGGAACAGGAAGGAGAAGAAGGAACAAAGGAAGAAGGAGAUGAUGAUGAUGAGUCAACAGUAAAAACUGCAGCACAAAAAAGAAAAGAAAAAAGAGAUAGAGAAAAGCAGAAAAAAUUAUUAGAUAAGAAAAAAUCAAAAGGUAAAAAGGAACAAGAGACUGGAGGGGAGACUGCAGCAGAUGAGGCUAAGCCAGAAGGAGAAAAAGGUGAAGAUGAAAAAGCAACAGAGGAGGAGGAAGAAGCAAAACCAGGAAAAAAGAAGAAAAAGAAAGGAGAAGAUGAAAAGGAAAAGAAAAAGAAAAAAGCACCAGUUGCUAUAAUUAAAGCACAAUUACAAGCACUGAAGGAGGAACAAGAAAGACUCCAAAAAGAAGAGGAAGAGAGAAUCAGACUAGAAGAAGAAAAAAUAGCACAAAUUGAGGAAGAGAAAAAGAAAGAACAAGAGAAGAGAGAAAAGAAGAAACUGAAAGAAAAAGAGAGAAAAGAAAGAUUGAGAGCUGAAGGAAAAUUAUUAACAGAUAAACAAAAACAGGAUAAAAGAAGAGCACAAGACAUGUUGGAAGCAAUGAAGGCACAAGGAUUUGAAAUUCCAUCUAAAGAUGAUGGGCCUAAGAAAAGACCUGUUUAUGACAACAAAAAGAAGAAAAAACAACAACAACAAAAAGCAGCAGAAACACAAGAAGAAAGAACACCAUCUCCCACAGAAGAGACAACAGUAGAAUCAAAGGAUGAAGCAACUACGCCAUCUUUAGAGGAGGAGAAACCAGUAGCAGAUACCAGUACUCAGGAAAAAGAAAACGAAGAGGAAGGAAAUGAUAUAAAAGAUGAUUGGGCUGCUGACAGUGAAGAGGAAGAGGAAAAACCAACCAAAGAGACUGAAACAGAGAAACCCAAACCAGCCCCAGUGACAGUGUCAGUGAAGGCAGAUGAAGAAUCAGAAGAAGAAGAUGAAGAGGAAUCGGAAGAAGAGGAGGAGGAAAGUGGAGAAGAAGACGAAUCAGAAGAAAGUGAAUCUGAGAGUGAAGAGGAAUCUGAAGAAGAUGAUGAACUUACCCCUGUGGAGAAAGCUAGAGAUAGAAUUAUGAAAAGAAAAGAAGAAGCAGAGAAAAAUAAAUCAAUAGACAAUCUGAGGGCACCUGUCAUCUGUGUAUUGGGCCACGUAGAUACAGGCAAAACUAAAAUCUUGGACAAGUUACGAAGAACAAAUGUACAAGAUGGUGAAGCAGGGGGAAUAACCCAACAGAUUGGUGCUACAAAUGUUCCUUUUAGUGCCAUUAAAGAAAGCACAAAAAUGUGUAAAGAGUUUCAGAAAGCUGAAUUGAAAUUACCUGGAAUGUUGAUUAUUGAUACACCUGGCCACGAGUCUUUCAGUAACUUACGAUCUAGAGGAUCCUCCUUAUGUGAUAUGGCUAUUUUAGUGGUAGAUAUUAUGCAUGGAUUAGAACCUCAGACAAUCGAGUCUAUAAAUCUACUUAAACAAAGAAAAACUCCUUUUGUUAUAGCUCUGAACAAGAUUGACAGGCUUUACCAGUGGAAACCUAUGCCACAGACUGAUGUCUCUAAUGUCAUAAAGAAACAAACGUCUCAGUGUAAAUCAGAAUUUGAUGAGAGGUCCAGAAUGGUCAUGACAGAAAUGGCUGAACAGGGAUUGAAUACAGCUUUAUUUUAUGAAAACAAAAAUCCAAAAGAAUAUAUUUCUCUAAUACCUACAUCAGCCCACUCAGGAGAUGGUAUGGGAAAUCUUAUAGCAUUGAUCUGUUCCCUUUGCCAAACUCUGCUGGCCAAACGUUUAGCUUACUCAGAGGAACUGCAAGCUACUGCUAUGGAGGUGAAAGCCUUGCCUGGUUUAGGAACUACCGUAGAUGUGAUAUUGGUUAAUGGAAAACUGAAAGAAGGUGAUACAGUUAUUGUACCUGGCACAGAGGGUCCAAUCGUUACUCAAAUCCGUGGACUUCUGAUGCCACAACCUAUGAAAGAGUUAAGAGUUAAGUCUCAGUGGGAACAUCACAAAGAAGUGAAGGCUGCCCAGGGUGUUAAGAUCAUCGCCAAGGACUUAGACCAUGCCCUGGCUGGAUUACCAGUGUAUUCAGCCAAUAAAGACGAUGAAAUAGAAUAUUAUAAGGAAGAAUUAUCAGUUGCUUUGAAAGAAGUAUUAGGAUCUAUAAGGUUGGCAGAACGAGGGGUAUUUGUCCAGGCUUCAACUCUAGGGUCCAUGGAAGCUUUACUAGAAUUCCUUAGAACUUCUAAAAUUCCUUAUGCUGGUAUUAAUAUAGGACCUGUACAUAAAAAAGAUAUAAUGAAAGCAUCUGUAAUGUUAGAACAUGACAGUCAAUAUGCUGUAAUCCUGGCAUUCGAUGUGAAAGUGGAGCGUGAAGCACAAGAUUUGGCAGAUAGUUUAAAUGUGACAAUUUUCACUGCAGACAUAAUAUAUCAUUUAUUUGACAAAUUUACUGCCUAUCGUGAUGAACUUAAAAAGAAAAAACAAGAAGAAUUCAAACACGUAGCAGUGUUCCCUUGCAAGUUACGUGUGUUACCGAACUGUAUAUUUAAUUCUCGAGAUCCUAUUGUGUGUGGAGUUAGUGUGGAAAGUGGAUUUGUUAAAGUUGGAACACCAAUCUGUAUACCGUCACAACAGUUUCUUGAUAUUGGCCACGUAUCCAGUAUAGAAAAUAACAACAAACCUGUGGAUAUUGCCAGAAAGGGGAUGGAAGUGUGUAUAAAGAUAGAAGCUGUAUCUGGGGACUCACCUAAAAUGUUUGGGCGACAUUUUGACCACACAGAUCUGUUGUAUAGUAAGAUAUCAAGAGCCUCCAUUGAUGCUGUUAAGGACUAUUUCAGAGAAGAAAUGCAGAAGAGCGACUGGCAAUUAAUUGUUGAACUGAAGAAACUCUUUCAAAUUUUGUGAUUAAUAGACAUAACAUCAAAUCUGUAAAAACAUGUGAUCUUGCAUCUGUUUUUAAUGAAUUUCUACAGAUAUUCAAAACUAGGAUUUCAGAUUCGACGGGAAAAAGAAUUGCAGGGGCCCAGUAGCUAAGGCUACUAAUUAUUAGGCUGGGGCCCUGAAGUUUAGUUGAAUAUCAUGUCCAAAGUGCUUAUGUGAAUCUUUCAUAUUCUCGCAAUUUGGACUGCUGGAUGGAAAAUGUUCAAGUUUUUUUUCCCUGUUCAAGCAUCAAAAUUAAUCUUCAAGCAGUAAAAUUAAUUUGUAAUGAUAAAAGUGUCACUGUAUAAAGUCCCCUUCCUUUUUUGUUCUGUCGGGUCAUUUGAUUUUGCUUUGAAAUGAAAUGUUGGUCUAACAUAUUGAUUGAUAAUGUCAAUAGAAGACUGUAGCCAGGGAUUGUGAGCACACACAGGACUUUUUUUUUAAAUUGUUGAUGGUGUAGUCUCCUCAUUCAAAUGACUCAUUUGCUUAGCAAAUGGUUUUGUGUCUUCUAAAUGCUUCCCCCCUCUCCAGGCCCCAAUAGACCCUUACAAAUAAUAUUGCACCUCCAUUCAUGAUUCCUGGCUACCACCCUGUAAUUAUUAUCAGUGUAUUAUUUAUUAUAUAAGAUCAGACAGUUCUUCAAACGCAUCACAAUUUUUCUGAAAUCUUUUAUCAAAGUGACAAAAGAAAAAAAUAGACUAACACAUGAAUCAACUGGGGCAUUUACUAAUCUUUAACAUACUAUUUAUUUUAACAUCAGACUUUUCAGAAAUGAAUUAUUAUACAACUUGUCGUUAUUAUGUAGACAAUUUUUGUUCCUCCCACACCCAGUGUUAUGACGUCUAAUUUUCCCUUGGGUUUACAUAAUGAAUAUUAAAAUAUUGAAUAUUUGCUAUAUUUGACUUAAAGAUCGACAGUUAAGAACUGAGCUGAACUCUGUGGGUUGUUGGCCUGCAGUACUAAUUUUAAUGAGUGUGUUUUGUGUUAAUUUAUAAGCUUUUUCAAAAACAGAGUAUAUCAGAUCAUGAGCCGGAAAUGGAUUUAGAGAUACAUUUUUCAUAUUUUUUUUUUUGUCAAAAUGUUGUCAAAUACAGCUCUUUUCAUCAUAAUCAUGGAAAGUUAAUAUUUGUUGAACUUUUUACUACUAAUCUUGCAUUUAGCCUUGUAAGCCUCAAAAUAUAUAAUAUUACAUUUUUUCAGAGUCGAUAUAUCUAGCUGGUUCAUGUUCUGUAGUCUUGCUCACUAUCAAUAAGAUUUGAGCUCUUUUCACUAAAAAAUUGACAAUUGGAUUUGACUGUAGAUUAUACUUAAAUUUCACACAACACAAAUACUUUUUUUGUGGUAUUGGCGAAAUGUCCUUAUUUGUUUAGUAACCAAAUGUAAAUUUUACAAGUUUCCGUUUGUUUUAAAGAUGGUUUUUGUCAGUUUGUUUCAUGAGUGACAGUCUUUGUGUUUAGGACUGAAAGAAAUCAUACUGGUAAUCAUUGUACUUAGUGUCACAAUAUAUGUAUAUCUUGAAUGUCAACUUUUGUGAAAAUUCUUACAAAAAAAACAAACAUGAGUUCAAAAUUGUACUGUAGCUUUGAUUUUGGUCAUGAUUAAUUUUUAUCUGCUCUGACGACAUAAAACUAUCCCAAUCAUUUUCUGCUGCCAAAAUGAAUUAUUUUUUAUAAACGGAAUUAGUGUUUAGGUAAAUAGGACACACAGCAUAUGUGAAAUUAAGUCAGUGUGUGGUUAACUAUACAACCACCACACCCAUUUCAAAAUUAAUUAUUUAAUGAUUGUUGAUUUUUGUCCCACAUCUAACAUUGGUUGCUUCUUGACGAAGAUAUUUUUUCUUAUACUUGCAUGAAGAAUUGAACCUUCAGUGUUAAACAGUGCCAGCCAUUAGCUUAUCCCAAGUUAAUAGCCCAUCAUUUGGAAGUGGGCCUAAGUGGUACAUCUUAAGUGAUGUAUUUGAUUUCUUAUAACUAUAUAUACAUUUUUAGGGCCUGAAAACACAUUAUUUAUGAGUGUCACAGCUACAGGGAAAAAGAUAAGCUGAAUUUAUUCUUCACUUUUUAUUUAUUUUUUUUUAAUAAUUAUCCUCAUUAAAAUGAGAAAAUAAAGUUCAAGAAGUGUUACAAGUUAUUUCUAAAAAGGUGUCAUACAAUUUUUUUUUUUUUUUUUUUGGUAAUUUGUGUACAUUUACUUACUUGAGUGGAACAUAAAUGCAUAAAAUGCAUUUUGAAUAAACGUGUAAAAUCAUACUGGUUCGUAAAAGUUCAAAUGAUCAUACAUAAAGUCCUGUAUUUUGUUACCUGACAAUAUUAACACACGAAACCUUAUUUUCUUGGUGUCUGGAAUAGAUUUAAAUAUACACAUGGGUCUGUUUUUGUUAAUCAUCCUGAAAUUGCAUGUAUACAUUCUGAUAGUGAAAAAUCAGUGUUAUUAAAAUUAUAAGUGCUACUCCUUAUGUCAAUGACAUUAAAAAUAUAUGAAUAAAUUUAUUUUGUUGAAA